CCUUCUCCGUGUCCCCUUAGCCCUUAUGGUUUGUGUCUCCUGUUUUCAGCCCUGCCUACCCAUGUAUUUUUAGGGACUGAGUCCCACAUGUUCUUGAUCCUGACAGGGAGGGUGUCUGUCUUUGCUAACUGGGUUACGGGGGGAUAAGAAAGAGAUUUCUGUAGAGCCCCAGGGGGAGAUUAAUACAGUAUAUAAGAGGGUUAGACGCUAAUAUAAGUUGAGAUUGUUUGGGCUGGGGCAUUUACUUUUUACUCUACAGCUCUCUAGACUAUGCUGAACUUCAAUUGGGGUCUGGUGUAAAGCACCUGGAGAGCCGAAGAGCUGCCCAAACCUCUUUACACUUAAUUUAUUACUAUCCAGCCGCCAACAGUGUUGCACUAAGGAAACUGCUCUACACCCGGACCCAUCCUAAUUAAAUGGCACGUAAAGAUGGAGCUGAUGCAGAAAACUCAUUAACAGCCAGAGUUAUUAGAGAGGCAGACAUGUGAUCUGGGUAGAAUCCUGAGACCUGGGAGACAGCCAGCUCCCCUUUCUGUGCAGACCUUGAAACUAGAAAAUAUAAAGGAAACAAAAAUGCUACAUUAACGGCAGAAAUAGGGUGCCAUCACAAUUAAGGGCAUGAAAACAGCACCAUGACAUCCCCGUGCUCUGCCCGCCUACAGCUGGAUGAGAACCUUCAGCUCAUGCAGGCUGGGUCCCUAAUGAGAAAAGUAAAAUCCCGCAGCUGGAAGAAACAGAGAUAUUUUAAAUUGCAAGAGGACUGCAUGACCAUCUGGUACAACUCAAAGAAAACUGGGAACACAAAGUCCACUUUUUCCAUCAGUGACAUUGAGACAGUAAGGGAAGGGCACCAGUCAGAAGUUCUGCAGAGCAUCGCAGAUGAGUUCAAGCCUGAGCUCUGCUUUACCAUUGUGUUCCAUGGGCGUCGAGCGAACCUCGACUUGGUGGCAAACACCCCAGAGGAUGCUCAAUGCUGGAUUCAAGGCCUGGAGAAACUGAUAGAGACAGUGACAAAUAUGGACCAGAAAGACUUACUGGAUCAGUGGAUCUGUGACUGGUUCCAAAAGGCUGAUAAGAACAAAGAUGGAAGAAUGAACUUCAAAGAAGUCCAGGAUCUGCUAAAGAUGAUGAAUGUUGACAUGAGUGAGCAUCAUGCUUACCGUCUGUUUCAGAUGGCAGAUAAGUCAGAGUCAGGAACCUUAGAAGGAGAGGAGUUUGUGUUGUUUUAUAAAGCUCUGACACAGCGUGACGAGGUGCUAAAGAUAUUUCAGGACUUCUCCAAGGAUGGAAAGAAGCUAACCCUGUUGGAGUUUGUGGACUUUUUACAGCAGGGCCAACUAGAGGAGGAAAUCACAGAGGAGAUAGCAAUGGACCUUAUUGCGCAUUACGAGCCAUCAGAUACUGCAAAGAAGCUUCACGCUAUGAGCAUAGAUGGCUUUCUCAUUUACCUGUGCUCCCCUGAGGGAUCCAUCUUCAACGUGGCCCAUGAGCAGCUCUGCCAGGAUAUGACGCAGCCAUUGUGCCAUUACUUUAUCUCAUCUUCUCACAACACCUACCUGAUGGAGGACCAGAUCCGAGGACAGAGUAGCAUUGAGGGAUACAUCAGGGCACUAAAACGAGGCUGUCGUUGUGUGGAAGUGGACACCUGGGAUGGGCCUAAUGGAGAACCUGUUGUGUAUCAUGGACGCACCUUCACGUCUAAAAUCCUCUUCAAAGAUGUAAUUUCAGCUAUCGACAAGUAUGCCUUCAGGGUAUCCGACUACCCAGUCAUCUUGUCCUUGGAGAAUCACUGUGGGGUAGAGCAACAGGAUGUCAUAGCUCAGCAUCUGAAAAGCAUUCUGGGAAAUAAACUUGUCACGAGCACCCUAGAUGGUCGAAUUCCUGUCUGUUUGCCAUCUCCUGAUGAGCUGCGAGGAAAGAUCCUAUUAAAGGGGAAGAAAGUCGGUCGAUUGGAAGACAGCCAGGAGGAGCAGCCUGAUGAUUCGUUGGGUGAGGUGUCAGAGGAGGAAGAGAACGUUGAGGUGGAAGAGGAGAGAAAUGAGGAUAAAAAAAGGGCAAAAAAGUCCAAAGAGCGCCUUUCUCAGGAGCUAUCGGACUGCGUCAUUUACUGUAAGAGCGUGCCAUUUGUGAGCUUCCAACAUUCCAGAUCCCACUACACACUUUACGAGAUGUCAUCAGUCACAGAGUACAAGGCUAGGAAGCUUGUAAGAGAACCAGGGAAUGAUUUUGUCCAGCAUAAUGCCUGGCAGCUGAUGCGUGUUUACCCCACGGGACUGAGGACAGAUUCCUCCAAUUACAACCCCCAAGAUAUGUGGAAUGUCGGGUGCCAGAUGGCGGCACUGAACUUCCAGACGGCUGGAGUAGAGAUGGAUCUGAAUGAUGGCCUCUUCCGUCAGAACGCUUGCUGUGGUUACGUGCUGAAGCCUUCAUUCAUGAGACAUGUGGAGACUACAUUCAAUCCAGAUCAACCACAAGGCACAGAAGGAUAUUCCCCUGUCAAUCUCUCCAUACUAGUGAUCAGUGCCCAGCAACUGCCCAAGGUCGAAAACAAAAAAGAAGGUUCCAUUGUGGAUCCUUUGGUGAGAGUGGAGAUCUUUGGGGCUCCCGUUGACCAAACAAAGCAGGAGACAAAAUAUAUAGAAAAUAAUGGGUUUAACCCAAUGUGGUAUGAGACACUGCACUUCAAAAUCCAUGUUCCUGAACUGGCACUUGUUAGGUUUGUGGUAGAAGAUUAUGACAAAACAUCAAGAAACGACUUUGUUGGACAGUACACUCUCCCGUUCAAGAGCAUCAAAUCCGGAUAUCGCCAUAUCCACCUCCUCUCGCGGGAUGGCACAAAGAUUCCUCCUGCCUCUUUAUUUGUUCACGUUCGAGUUGCAGAUGCAUCACAACCAGAGCAAGACACGUAGAUGGAACCUUCCCAAUAAUGGAUCUGAGUAUUAGAUACCUGACUCUUUUUUUGUUUUGCAGAUUAUUCUGAUGCAAUUUGCACGUUCCUUACCGAAAGGGGAAUAUAUAUACAUAUAUAUCAUCAUCAUUUAUUUAUUUACAUAGCACAGACAAGUUAUAUCGUGCUUUAUAUAUAACUAUAAAUAUAUUUAUUUUUACAUGGUAUAAACUGUACAGUUGUAUAUUUCGGUGCUAUUCUGUUCUAGAUGCUGCUCUGUGCACUGCAUCUGAAAGGCCAAGCAGUGUUAUAUUUCUGUCAAUAUUAAAACUAAUUACUUCCAUAGAAACUGUCCUAGCCACAAUAACCAAAACCUGACUGUUUCUUGCUGCCGCCAUCUUGUGAACUCCCAGUUGCAAAUGUUUGAUAGAUUUUCCUUCCUGUAUACAGAGGUGGGCUCUAGGCCCCAAUGGUUCAUAUAUGCUUCAGUCCUAACAAUAAAGAACAGAUUUUAAUGUG